GAUAUUUUUUCUUUUUAAAUAUUCAUAAGAAUAUCUAUCGAGCUCGAGAAUUGCCAUUCACAUGGCAGGGUAACAUUUCUUAUCACAUAGCAACACUGCCAUAAUACGCUCACACAUUUUAAACUUUCCGAGCGUUCAUAAUAGCGAAUAUGCCUUUACCGAAAUACAAUGGACCGCAUAUUGUGGGCGACGAUGGCUCCGAUGAAAGUCCACCAUUCUCCCCUCCAUCGGUGUUGAUGGCUGACGAGGAGCUGUCCGAGUCAUCUAGCGAAGAAUCGUCCAGCGACGAUUCAACGGAGUCCGAGGUUUCCAUCGAGAGUACCAGCUCUGAGCGAUCGCCUGUUCUUGGUGAAAACGAAAAUCAACUCAUAGCUAGCUAUUUGGUGCCGGUAGUUAUGCCGCCAGAUGAAGAUUAUGGUCCCAUUAUCGAGAUAGACCCUACGGCACAGCAGCAGGACGCUCCGGACGGUGACUUGGCCAACGCUGAGCCAAGCUUGCCACAAAUUGGUUCAAUCAUGCAGGACGCUCCGAUUAAUGGCGACAUGGCCAACUUGGCCAACGCUGAGCCAAGCUUGCCACAAAUUGGUUCAAUCAUGCAGGACGCUCCGAUUAAUGGCGACAUGGCCAACUUGGCCAACGCUGAGCCAAGCUUGCCACAAAUUGGUUCAAUCAUGCAGGACGCUCCGAUUAAUGGCGACAUGGCCAACUUGGCCAACGCUGAGCCAAGCUUGCCACAAAUUGGUUCAAUCAUGCAGGACGCUCCGAUUAAUGGCGACAUGGCCAACGCAAACGCAAACUCAAUGUCGCCACUCACUGAAGUCGAUUUUCAUGGAUACUGUAACACAGUGUACAAGACGACAGCUUCUACUCAAACAUCUGAAAGCGAUAUUGAAAAUGAUAUGCCGUCCAAUUGCCGUCGACGCACCACGCCGGCAAGUUUCGAAGAUCCGGAAUCGAUUGGAGCGCGUGUGUCCAAGCGUGGGAGAUGCAGCACUAGCUCAGGCAAAUCUAUUGAGUUGGCGAAACCACUCGACGUAACCAACUACUUUCAGGAGGUGUCUGCCCUCUUUGUAAGGGAGCGCGUGGAACUGCUGGCUUUUGCAGAGUAUUGUAAAAUCUCAGAUCGCGCCUUAAUGAAGGCCGUCGCACGUUCCAAGCAACGCCAGGAGCAAGGCCGCAAGUAGCGUGGGAGCUCCCACAUGCACAAGAUUUUAAGAGUAGUUUUGUAAUGUAUUAUUGUUUACGCACCAAUGUAGUGUAACUUUAAUAAACAAACAAGCGAGCCAUGCGCAUGCAUAUACAUA